CGCGCGCGCGGUCACAACUCGGCGACGGCAGCGUUGGGGCAUGCAAAUUAUGCCAAUUAGCAUCGACGGGAGCACGAGCAGUAGCAGCAACGCCAGCGUCGACAACCGAGCAGAAAAUGCAGCAGAGCACAGGAGCGGCGACGUCAUCGGCGGCAGAUAGCGGGAAGGGGACGACGGACCUGCUGUUACUGUCCAGGUCCGGCGGCGACGGCGGCGGGAACAGCUGCUCCGGCGGAUCCGGCGAUCCAGCAGCGAUUAGCACAACGAUUAGCUCCAAGCAGCAAGUGGAGCAGGAGGAUCCGAGGGAGCCGAAGGAGCAGGUCGCCAUCCACUACCUGGCCAGUUUCCACGAGCUCUGCGUGGUCACCGCCCUGCUGCCGCUGGUGACGCUCUUCACGUGCUUCGUGACCGCCUACGUCUUCCAGUACGACGAUGUACACGAGACACAUUGCCGCGUCUACAAUAUAAUACCCUCGAUAAGUGCAAUUACCGGCGUAAGUCCACAGCGCUACUUCUGGCGUUUUAGCAUUGCGCUGCACAUCGGGCCGCGCAUCCCCAUCGCCUUCGUCUACAAGAACUACUACCGUUCGCAGCUGCGUCGGAUUAGUCCCGCCCAGGUGCCGCAGACCAGCCUGCUCAUCACGCUGAUCCUGGUGCUCAACUGCAUCGAGAUCGCGGCCCUGGGCGGCGUCACCUAUAUAUCGAAUCGAGAAAACUACCCCGUUCACGAGCGCAUCUUCAUCACGUUCAUGAUAUGUUCGCUGUGCUACAUGCUGGCCACGAUCAAGCUGAACGGCAUCCUGAACGCCGGACAAACGCUGAGCGAGCAGCAGCGCCAGUCCAUCAAGUGGAAGAAGAUCCUCUUUGCAGUCUCCAUCCUGAGCACCAUCGGACUGCUGGUGUUCUUUGCCAAACACCGAUUCUACUGUCACGACUUGGCCUUCAGUUGGUUCGCGUUUUUUGAGUACUUAAUCGCCAUUGCCAACAUGCUGUUCCACUUCACCAUAAUCUGGGACUUCCCCUCGCAGUUCAUGAUGAUCGUGCAGGGACCCCGCGAGAAUCUCGCCCAGUACUUGAGUACCAGGCCGAAAGUGGACUAGAUUGGACUGGAAUUCCCACCUGCAUGCCACUUCUCCAUGUGUAAUUCCCAUACGAAACGUACAAUUAACGAACUUCUUCAACUUUAAAACUAAGCGCUUCCAUACCGAUCAACAACAAACAUAGCAUUCUAUUCUAUUUUCUUCGAUUCUCUUUACACACUCCAAAAAUAAACCAAAGUCGCAAAAACAAAACCCAGAUAUAAGGAAAUGAAAACCGAAACGAAAGCGAAAUGUUCCAUAGUUCCACGAUUAAUAUAAAUAUUAAAUAUACAAGUAUGUAAAGAAAUUUGCCAGAUUAGAGGGCAUACCGUUCUAUGUACACAUUCUAAAUACAUGAAAUAAGUUACCUAAAGAUUAAGUGCACCAAAAAAACAAAACCAACAAACAGUAAGGAUAAUACUGUAACAGUAUACUGUAACAGUAUAUAAUAUAGUAGCCUAGUGGAUCGCAGUUCGCCAGAUCUCAUGUCAAUUUUGAAUCGAAUCCAAAGAGUCAGCAAAGGGCGACCAGCGUCAGCGUUUCAUUUGAUAGGCAGUAAAACAAAUAGAAAUCGUAUAACUUACCACUUAGUACAUAUCGUUUAUACAAGAUGAAAACGAGCAACGGGAAAUAGCCUCCUUGGGACAGGCCCUAUUGGCCUCCCCAAAUAGAACGCAUUGUAACAGAAUUCAGACAAUAGAAAAUAAGCUGCGACAUUACGGGCAACGAACAACAACCAAUCACAGAUUUUGGGCCAGUGAUGGGAAGUAUCUAGGUAGUUUGUAUCCCUUACCAUAGAUCCAUCGGAAAAUAGAGCUACAGCCUAUUUAAAUAAUGGCAUUCAAUACCCGGUUACAUAGUUUCAAUACUUUACCAUUACUUUAGUCCCCUUCUAUGAUGGGGAUUGCAAAUCGAUUGCAAAAUGGAACGAAAGGAAGGGAUUUUUGAAAAUUCGGAACCAAAGAGCUCCCUCAAGGGAUUAAAGUCUGAGAAAUUUCAUUAAAUCGUAAAUUCAAAUCGAGCAAUAGGCUUGCAUCUCGUUCAAUUUAAUGCAACAAUAGUCCAAUUAAUCCAAGUUAUAUAUUGUAUAUUUGUACCCUGUCUAGGUAACAAAACAAAAGCGGUACCUUUCCCAUCACUGUGUAUAAGAUCGAAAAAUAAAGAUGAGACGAAUUCCGAUGUCCAUGACGUCAGAAUAAACCGAUGUAGCGAAUAAACAAUUGUUCUUAGCCAACUUUAAUAGCAAAAUGAAAUUUGAAAAACUUGAGAGAUAAGAAAUACAACCCAAAGUAUUUGUUGUGUGAUCGGGUGAAAACGAACAUAGCUAAUCGAAAUAUAAACCAGAUUAAGGUCAAUAUUUUUUGCCGUAACGGAGAUGCGUAGAUAUUUUUUCCCACAAGAGUAUUUAGCUUAAAUCGAAAAGAGUUCAAAUUGAUAUUACUUAUCUAACUUUGUACUAUACACACCAGAGUCAAGCGGAAGCUUUUAUUCCAUAGGUAAUAUUAUUACUACCAUUAUUAUUAUUGCUAUAUUAUGCAUUGUACUUGCGACAGAUCGGCGUUAUGAGAAAUAUCCUGAGUAACCAGGAGAAGCCGUUGUACUUGUAUUCCCCCGAACAACGUAGCUAAACCAAUGAAACAAUUGUUAAUUCUCACACGAAUCGAAGUAUAUGUACGGAUACCUACUUGAGCGAUAUAUAUAUUCAAGCUCACGCCCACUCAUGCGAUACGUUAUGCAAUAGUUGAGUCUCCAGUUGCACCCGUUGCGAUCGAGCAAAGAUAUAUUUGAAUUAUUGUUGAUGUUUACACGCUUACUCUAUCUACGGCCCUAUUAGCUCUGUCUCGCUCCGUUCCGAUUUUCCAAUUAUGUGCCUCUCUUUUUCGCCCCCUAAGGAUAUGUACUUCCAGUUGCAUCCGAUGAGUAUGGAUAGAUACAUAUAGAUAUAUAUAUAUAUACGCGCUUUAAAUAUCGCUCACCGGCUAAUUUUUAAUUGUUUUGUACGGCAGAAAGCAGCAGCUCUGGGAUGGUCACUUUUUAAAAUGCAACUUUUUACCUUUGCAUAACUUUUUAGGCGACACAACGUAAGAGAAUUAAUUACAAAAUAAAAAACAAAAUAUAUUAACUAUGAAAUAUGUAAACUUUGUAGCUUCCUAAUUUGAAUAAAGAUUAAUACAACUCA